CGCGCGCCUGGCGGUCCCCCCGGCAGCGCGGCGGAGCGGCGCUCGUGCUCGUCCCCUGUCGCUGGCCGCCAGCGCCCGGGGCCGCCGGAGGGUCUCGGGAGCCGGCGUCUUGCCCUUUGUGAGGCGCUCAGGCGGCUGUUCUGCUCGGGUGCGGGGCGGAAUGUCUCCCGCUGCAACUCUGGGGAGUGCGGACUGAACGGGAGUCAUGGACUGAGGGCGUGCGCCGCGCGGGGCAGUCAUGACUUCUGCCGCGGAGCUUAAGAAGCCACCAUUGGCCCCCAAGCCAAAGUUAAUGGGGACAAACAACAAGCCACCGCCCCCUCCCAUUGCACCUAAACCGGACAUCGUGAAUGCUAGUUUUCCACGGUUAACACAGAAAACCAAGCCGACAAUUGCACCAAAACCGAAAGCUCUGACAAACUCAGUUGUUCAAGACAUCAAGCAGUCACCCUCAAAGAAGCUCCCUUUGAACCUGGAGGAAUGGGAGCCAGAAUUACCUGAAAGCACGGACAAGUUUAAUUGCAAAGAUGUCGGGGAUCCACACAGUGAUUAUAAUUUACCAACGUGUUCCUGCAGUUCUGGGUGUAUUCAUGAGCCUGGGAAUAGAGAAAGUCUAUGUGCAAAGCAGCUUGUUUUAGAGCCUCUGGGAAUGAAAGAAAAUUUAGAGAAUAAUAAAAUCAGUGAGUCCUCUUUAACUGCAAAGCGGGGGAAUAGGUGGGAUUCCAGUGGUGAAAAGGGCCGGAGCCAGAGUGGAGUUAUUUUAAAAGCAAGCAUCUUAGAAGAGAAGCUCAAAGAGGUUCUAACACGACAGCAGUCACCUUGUAGUUCCCCGAAGAAGCACAGAUCUCCAAACAACACAGAAGUGAAUGGCGACUAUAACUGCAGCAGACAGAUCAGAAUUGAAUUUGCAGCUCUGUCCCCUUCCCUGUCCAGCUUUGAAAAAGUUCCUGCUCAUCAUAGCUGCCACCCACAGCUCCCUAGGGAGGAAUCUCAAAACCUCGAGACUUGUCACACUGGGAACGCUGAGAGCAAUAGUCACUUUCAUUCGUGCAAACUAGAUGACGGAAAGAUGCCUUCAGACGGAGCUAGUAAGAAGACAGAGGUCACAGAUCUUGGCCCUUUAGAAAUUCACUUAUUACCCUAUACCUCAAAGUUUCCAACCCCCAAACCCAGAAGGACACACGCUGCUCGUCUACUUCGCCAGAAGUGUGUAGAUACUCCUAGCGAAAGUACCGAAGAGCCAGAGAAUUCAAACAGUGCCUCUUCUUGUCUCCUUGAAGAUAGUUUGAAAAACAAUCAAGCCAGUGUUCUUCAUCAGAAGGUUUUGUGUAACCAGGGACAAGUGGACAAAGUGAAGCCAGCCAAUAAAAGGGCAGUGACUAGUGAUUCCAAGAGUGACAGACAAGACUCAGUCAACUCACAGAAAGCUGUGCGUCAUGAAACAUCUUCCUCUGCAAAAGAGACGCCUGCUUUAGAUGCAGACUCUAUUUGGAGUCCUGACAGCACAGCAGAAGAUGUUUCUGGGGUGUUACCUGCUAUGGACAAAGAGACUAGUUUUGUACAAUGCAGUACUCAGUCUGAGAGCUUGCCUAAGCAAGUCAAAUUAUCCUGCACUGAACAUCCGCCAACUACCUGUAAUGUGGAAUUGUCUGUUCCUCAAAUACAAAAGGAACCUUCCUCUAAAAUUGUUCCCAAAAAACCUCAAAGACAUAGCUUGCCCGCUGCGGGAGUGCUUAAGAAGGCUGCUUCUGAGGAACUUGUAGAAAAAAAUUCUUAUUCUUCAAGCAAAGCAACAAAUUCAGAGAAAGGUUUAGAAAGAAAUCACCUUCAGCAUUUGGGUCCCUCAAGCCGUGGUGUUUUAUCGUCAUCUUUUGAUAUGCCUCACUCAACUUCAGAAAAGCCAGUGUGGAAAUUACCUCAUCCUAUUUUACCUUUUUCAGGGAGCCCAGAGUCCUUGAAGCAUGUCACUUUAUCCUUAAAUAGUGAGCCAUCUAUUUCCCUAACCAAGCCAAGAGCAAAAUCAUUAUCGGCUGUGGAUAUGGACAGGUGUAAUAAACCUUGCAAAGAGCCUCCAAAGAAAACUUCUUUUAAAAAGUUGAUUAAUGUGAAACUGUCCAUUGGUUUCAUAAAGAGCGACUUUCAGAAAUUUAGGUCGAAAAAUUGCCAGCAAGCAGAUGCCAUGACAGGACAUGUGCUCAGUAGAGAGCCGCAGAGACUUGAAAGUGAUUGGCAGGGUUUAGUGACAGGAGAAGAAAAGAGAAGUAAACCCAUAAAGGCAAAUUCUGCAGAAAACUGCAGCCUGGAGUCUCAAAAGGCGAGAUCUUGGGGCCAGACCAGCACAGCUAAUGGUCAGAGAGCUGAGUCUUUGGAUGACCAGCUGCUCUCUAGGGACUCAUCCUGCCAGGCAUCUUACAAGUCUGGUACAAGUGGCUGUGUACCAGAGUAUGAAAAUGUACGCCAUUAUGAGGAGAUACCCGAGUAUGAAAAUUUGCCUUUUGUUAUGACUGGUGGGAAAGCUCCAGAGUUGGGAUGGCAGAAUUCCAGCAGUGUGGAGGACACUGAUGCAAAUUUGUAUGAAGUACAAGAGCCCUGUGACGCUCCAGAUGGCCAGCUGCAACUUGAUCCUAGACAUCAGCCUUCCAGGUCUGGAAUCUCACAGGAGGGGCAAGAUGAUCUCCAUCUUGGUCUUAGUGACCUGCCCUCUGAUGAGGAAGUCGUCAAUAGUUCUGAUGAAGAUGAUGUCAGCUCUGAGUCCAGUAAAGGAGAGCCAGACCCGCUGGAAGAUAAACAGGAUGAAGAUACAGGGAUGAAAAGCAAAGUUCAUCAUAUUGCCAAGGAGAUCAUGAGCUCAGAGAAAGUGUUUGUGGAUGUGUUAAAACUUUUGCAUAUUGAUUUCCGGGAUGCUGUAGCCCAUGCGUCCAGGCAACUUGGGAAGCCUGUGAUUGAGGACCGGAUCCUGAACCAGAUCUUGUACUACCUGCCACAGCUGUAUGAGCUCAAUCGUGAUCUUCUGAAGGAACUGGAGGAAAGAUUGCUGAGCUGGAAUGAACAACAAAGAAUUGCUGAUAUCUUCGUAAAGAAGGGGCCGUAUUUAAAAAUGUAUUCCACAUACAUUAAAGAAUUUGAUAAGAACAUAGCUUUGCUGGAUGAGCAGUGCAAGAAAAAUCCAGGAUUUGCUGCAGUUGUUAGAGAAUUUGAGAUGAGCCCACGAUGUGCCAACCUGGCCCUGAAGCACUACCUGCUAAAGCCAGUUCAGAGGAUCCCGCAGUACAGGCUGCUGCUGACAGACUAUUUAAAGAACCUUCUAGAAGACUCUGUAGAUCACAGGGACACCCAAGAUGCCCUCGCUGUUGUUAUAGAGGUAGCCAACCAUGCCAAUGACACCAUGAAGCAAGGGGACAACUUUCAGAAGCUCAUGCAGAUUCAGUACAGCCUAAGUGGACACCAUGAAAUUGUGCAACCUGGGCGGGUUUUUCUCAAAGAAGGCAUUCUGAUGAAGCUGUCUCGGAAAGUCAUGCAGCCCCGAAUGUUUUUCCUGUUUAACGAUGCCCUGCUGUAUACAACACCCAUGCAGUCUGGGAUGUACAAACUGAACAACAUGCUCUCACUGGCUGGAAUGAAGGUCAGAAAACCCACCCAAGAAGCAUAUCAGAAUGAAUUAAAGAUUGAAAGUGUGGAGCGCUCUUUCAUCCUCUCAGCCAGUUCUGCCACGGAAAGAGAUGACUGGCUGGAGGCCAUAUCCAGGUCAAUAGAAGAGUAUGCCAAGAAGAAAAUCACCUUCUGCCCCAGCAGGAGUCUUGAUGAGGACUCGGAAAAGAAAGAGGAAGUUAGUCCUCUUGGGUCAAAGGCUCCCAUCUGGAUCCCUGACACCAGAGCCACCAUGUGUAUGAUUUGCACAAGUGAAUUUACUCUGACCUGGAGAAGACAUCACUGCAGGGCCUGUGGAAAGAUUGUGUGCCAAGCUUGCUCAUCAAAUAAGUAUGGCUUAGAUUACCUGAAAAGGCAACUGGCAAGAGUAUGUGAACACUGCUUCCAAGAACUACAGAAAUUAGAUCACCAGCUGCCUCCUAGGAUUGGAUCUCCUGGGAAUCACAAGUCUCCUACAAGUGCCUUGUCAUCGGUCUUGCAUAGUAUCCCGUCAGGGAGGAAACAGAAAAAAAUUCCAGCUGCUCUCAAAGAAGUGUCAGCAAACACAGAAGACUCUACUAUGAGUGGCUACCUUUACAGAUCCAAGGGCAGCAAAAAGCCUUGGAAGCACUUAUGGUUUGUCAUCAAAAACAAAGUGCUCUAUACAUAUGCUGCAAGUGAGGAUGUGGCCGCUUUGGAGAGUCAGCCUUUAUUAGGAUUUACCGUCACUCAAGUCAAAGAUGAGAACUCAGAGUCAAAAGUGUUUCAGCUGCUGCACAAAGGCAUGGUGUUUUAUGUGUUUAAGGCAGAUGAUGCCCACUCCACUCAGAAGUGGAUAGAAGCAUUUCAGGAAGGCACAAUAUUGUAGCAGUAUUGGCUUCAUUUUCCCUGUGAUUCUGACAAGGCGGAGGCUCACUCAGCUCAGCAGGAUGGAGUAAAAAUGAACACUGCCAAGAUAAAUCCAGCCACAGCCAUUAGGAGAUAAACUGUCUUGUUAGGUAUAUACAGUUCUUAGAAAUGUUUUUCAUGUAUGUUAUUUAUUAAAAUGUUGAUGUUUACUUGCUGGUCAGAAUUGUUUCUGAGACUCACUGAAUUCUAAAGUACUGUUUAGAGAUGCAAACUUACCUUAAUCCUGUAUACUGUACACUAUUGAUGUAUUGUCCACACCGUUGUCUCUGCCUUACAUCAUGACAUCUUCACUAUUGGUAAGUCUUUGCAGAUAAAACACACAUUAAGGAGCAUAUUUCCAUACAAUGUUUGGUGUAGAAAUUACAAUUACAAAAUUGCUGAUGGAAAUGCAUAUUUUGAAUCACUAAACCUAGAUGAAAUUAUUUUAUAUUGCAAUAGAGAUCCACAUAGCCAGCUUCUACCUCAGGAUGUGAAAUGAAAUCCCAGCCGUAUGUACUGAUAACUGUGUCCCCAGCCUCACCUCCCUCCCAGUCCCAUAGGAUCUUGCUAAAUGCCAGGCUGUGUAACUCAGGCAAACCUUGAGCUACAGUCUUCUGCCUCAGCUUCUGAAUGCCUGGAGCAAAAGCCCUGCACCACCACACCCCAGUCUGUAUUUAAAACUGCCAAUGGUAUAAAUGUGAUUUUUUUUUCUUGGUUUUCUGAGAUAGAGGCUUACUCUGGAGUCCAGGCUGGCCCGGAACUCAUUAUGUAACCCAUGCUAGCCUGGACUCACCUGCUUGACUUCUCAAGUGCCGGGAUUACAUAUGUGUGCCACCAGGCUCAGUGAUCUAAAACAGAAUAUGGCAGCUAACAUGUUAUCCAAUAUCCCUUACUAUUCUUAAGAAUUUGGAGGUUAAGUCAUUGUUGGUAUUUAUAUCUAAAAGGGUGUCAUAUUUUCUGUAACGUGUAUUUUUAAAGUGGCCUGAAAUCACUAUCACAUCUUUAAAGGAAAUUUUGUGCUGCUGUAAUUUGUUCACCUUGACUUGUAAAGUUCACUCUUCUCUCACCCUCUGUGUCCUUCUGUGUAGCCCAGGCUGCCUGCCUCGGCUCCCAUGUACUGGGCUUCCAUAACAGACUUUGCCAGUCAGUGUCCCUCAUUAGGAAAGGUCCAUAUUCUUUUCAUUGUUGUUGUUUUGAUUUGGUUUAUUUGUUUGCUAGUUUUUCAAGACAGGGUUUGUCUGUGUAAACAGUCCUAGCUGUCCUGGAACUCACUCUGUAGACGAGGCUGGCCUCGAACUCACAGAGAUCCACCUGCCUCUGCCUCUGCCUCUGGGAGUGCUGGGAUUAAAGUCGUGUGCCAGCACCGCCCAGCUCAAGUUCAUAUUCUUAAUUCUGUCUCACUUACUAUUUAGCAUGUAAACCCCCUUACACAUAAAAUUAUUGAUUAGCAGCAGAAGAAUGAAGCUAACAUGCUUAAAAUUGUUUCAGUGUUUAACUAUUUUGUUGAGUGUGAGUUUAAACUAUCAACUAAAAGGCAAAGUUAUCCACAGAAUAUUAUAUUAAAAUGCAAAAUAUUUCUACUUCUUUAUAUAGAUUAAUUUAUUGUGAUGUCAGUCAUUGAGAAUUACAUCCUGAUGACUAUUUUUUCAUCUUGAACACAUUCAUGGGACCUUUUGGAUGCUUAACAGAUAACAUGCAGGAGAUUAUUACAUUUAGAUUAUUACAGAUAAUCUAAAUCUGAGGUAAUAGAUGUAGGUUUUCGUGACUGUCUCUGGCUAUGGCAUUAUUUGAAGCCCUGUGCAAUCUCACACAAUCCCACAUGCAACCUUCCUUGCCACGGGCCAGCCUGUUCUUUGAAACUCAAUUUAAUUGGAGCAUAUAAAUGUUUUCCAUGUAAAUAUCUGUGCAAUGUAUGUAGUGUAUUCCUUUGGUGACUAGCGUUAUUUAUGCUUUAUAUUUCCACCUUUUGUCCUCUUUGAAUUCUCAACCUCUUUAAUAUUUGCUCAUAAGCUUCAAAAAGUCAGUAUUCUGAAUAAAAAAAACUCUUCAGAAUCUAAAUAUAUAUAGAGAGAGGAGUUAACGCAUAAAGUAAUUCUUAUGUGAUGAAAUUUGUAUCUGGUUAUAAUUGCUAAUUGCUUAGUCUUAUGGAAAGUUCUGGACAAUAUACAAGUUAUCAGAUAGUGCUCCCCAUAAAAACCUUCUAAAUGCAUUCUUGUCCCUCCCUGAUCCCUUAAUAACCUAGUAAAUAUGGUCAAUAAUUUAUUUAGCCUGGCUCAUUCAAUGGCAAACGAGAAUAUUUAUAAUUUGCUAUAACUACUUUAAAAAAUGUUAUUGAACCCAGGGUCUCUAGGCAGACACUGUACCCGUGAGCUACCUCCAUUGCUAACAUUUAAGGGUGAACACCACCAGUGAGGUCUGGGUGUGGGCAACAUCUGAUUCUGGAUCCCAAGCAUGUUGCUUAUUGCACAUACAUGUGCUGUUGUCAAACCCUGCUCAGGCAGGUCUUCAAACUCAGCUAGAAGUAACCUAGACAAGAUGGCAGACCAAUCUAGGAGCAGUGAUAUUCUCGGUGCCCCAAGCAGUGUACUUCCUCUGCCUGAAGCAGGUGAAUGCAGAAGACCCCCAACCCCCACCAUGUCCUAAGAGAAUGAAAAGGGCCAUUCUUUAUAUUAUCCCAUGUUUCUGAACCUUUUUCCAUUUUCUGAAGUAAGCAGUAUUAUUCUGUUUUCCCCAACUGCCCUAGUUUUCUCCAGUAAGAACCUUGAUUCUUUGUUUACUGACAUUUAAAAAAAAAUGAAGUCAGAGGACAGCUACUUGAAGGUAUGCUUUUCUUAGUAAAAUAUAUAGAAGGCCCUGUACCUCCUAUUUGAGAGCCUAAUGUACUCACCAAGCUUAUGGGGGUAUGUCUUGAAUGUGCUCCACUGUGCAUGAUGUAAUCAAAAUGCUGGAAUUUCCAGAGGGAAAUCCUAUCCCAUUGUACUGUACAAUCCUUAAGGAUAGAUACUACGUUUCUUCUAUCCGUUUCUCCUGGGUCUUCGGAUCUUUAGUUGAAAGCAGUGAGGACAGGAUUCCCAAGGUAUUUUGAGUAAGAAUCUCACUGUUUUUCUCAAGACAGCCCCUCUGCCUCAUCCUCAGUGUGUCCCUGCCUCUGUAACAAGACUCAUUACUGACAUAGUCUCCCAGCCCCGUAUUCUAACACGGUUCUUACACCCACUCUCCUUACCAUCCUGCAAGGCCACAUCAGUGGCAUGACUGGCACUCAGCUUUCAUCCCACUCAAGCCUGUUUUCUUCUGCAAUAAAAGGACACCAUACGGGGCUCUAUACUCUGACUCUUAAGUCCUUCAUGCCCCUUCCAGCUCAUUUCCCUGCUGUUAUAUCCCUUUAUGGCUGCUACAGUUUUCCCUCUGAGCACAGUGCACACCAUUUGCCUCCUAUGUAUGAGACUUGGGUUUCCAUCCCUUAUCUAGAAAAACAUUUUUUUUUCUGAUCUCAGUGCCUCCUGUGUGUGGUCUGUUUUAAACCUUGCCAGAGCAAUCUGUCUAAAGCAGAAUUCAGAUUUAAUUCCUAUUCCUGUAGACUUGAGUGGCAUUCCCCCAUCCCGUACACUCCACAUGAACCCACUUCAGCCUCCCUCCGUUCAUGGUUCCCUUUGUUCUCAUGUCAGUCAGCACGGCUCUGCUUCCUUGCUAUCUGACGCUUCACAGUGAUGGGAUCCCCCCCCCAUGUGCUCUUCCCCGUGCUCUGUAGUCUUCAGUUCAUAAACAGACUGGCAUCCUUCUUACACAUCCUGUUCUUGAAAACAGCUGACCCUCUCCACUGGGGAUUUGCCACAUCCAAUGAGAAUCCCUGUGUGCAGUGAAUAAAUAUUUGCUUGUUAAGUAUCUUCUGUGGGUCCCUAAAAAGUAUCUUCAGUUUAUCGUUAGUUUCUAAAUGACAAUCUAUGGUGUUUUUCCUUUGUCAGAAAGGUUAGUUACUUCUAGGAAAGACUCUUAAGAAGAGCAAAAAGUUUAUGUACUACACUGCAGAGAUGGUAGUAGUUCUGACAGUAACUUGACUGCUAGACAAAAGAAUAUAAAGGUAAAAGGAGCUUUUAAAAAAACUAAAUAUAAAAAUAUUCAUUUUCCUUUGGGGUGAGGAGUGGAGGGUGACAGCAUUCCCUUUCCUGGAGUUACUUGGCUGCCUGUGUGAACCAGUUUCACAAUACUUUUUAAAUGCCUUUUAAUGUUUUUCUCAAUACUUUUUUUUACUUAAAGUGAUAACGGUUUGUUUCUUAUUGUUCAUAUAAAGAUCAUUUAUAAAUAAAAAUAGCAUUGUAAAUAAUGUUAAUAUGUAUUAUAAUCUAUACAAAAUAAAUUUACUAUAAUGUC